UACACUACUGGUAUUAUCUGUAAUCCGGUUAAUGGAGAGACAGAGAUUGAGCCUAAUUGUGAUUUGUACAGUCCCAUACCAGGAAUUGGGCUAGCCUGCAACCGAAUGUUAAAACCAGUGUGCGGCACAAAUGAUCAGACCUACACAAACGAAUGUGAGCUAUGUUCUGACAGAUUGAAGUUAAAAAGAGAAAUUAAGAUCAAGCACAAAAACAGCUGCGUUAAGGACGAUUGCCAAGGAUAUGGAAAAGGAUGUACCAUGGAGUUUAAUCCAGUCUGUGGAUCUGAUUCUGUUACCUAUAGCAACAAAUGUAUCUUUUGCGAUGCUAAGACAAGGAAUUCUGAGCUGAGAGUUGUAUCUAAUGGAGAUUGUGAAAAACAGACUUAUUAA